AUGGGUCAAGAGCUGUGUGCAAAGACUCUGCAGCCUGGAUGCAGCUGCCAUUGCUGUUGGGAGGGAGGCGAUGCACACAGCCAUCAGAGGAGUGCUCCGGAGAUGAUGGAGGCUGCGAUCAAGCUAACAGACCUAAAAGAAGCAUCAUGUUCCAUGACUUCAUUUCACCCCAGGGGACUUCAGGCUGUCCGUGCCCGGAAGUUCAAGAGUAAAAGGCCACGGAGUAACAGCGAUUCUUUUCAGGAAGAGGAUCUGAGUCAGGGUUUUCAGUGGAGGAAGAGCCUCCCCUUUGGGGCAGCCUCAUCUUACUUGAACUUGGAGAAGCUGGGUGAAGGUUCUUACGCUACAGUUUACAAGGGCAUUAGCCGGAUAAAUGGACAACUAGUGGCUUUAAAAGUCAUCAGCAUGAAUACAGAGGAAGGAGUCCCAUUUACAGCCAUCCGGGAAGCUUCUCUGCUGAAGGGUUUGAAACAUGCCAAUAUUGUGCUGCUCCAUGACAUUAUCCACACCAAAGAGACACUGACAUUCGUUUUUGAAUACAUGCACACAGACCUGGCUCAGUAUAUGUCUCAGCAUCCAGGAGGGCUUCAUCCUCACAAUGUCAGGCUUUUCAUGUUUCAACUUUUGCGGGGCCUGGCGUACCUCCACCACCAACACGUUCUCCACAGGGACCUGAAACCUCAGAACUUACUCAUCAGUCACCUGGGAGAGCUCAAACUGGCUGAUUUUGGUCUUGCUCGGGCCAAGUCCAUUCCCAGCCAGACAUACUCUUCAGAAGUUGUGACUCUCUGGUACCGCCCUCCUGAUGCCUUGCUGGGAGCCACUGAAUAUUCCUCUGAACUGGACAUAUGGGGUGCAGGCUGCAUCUUUAUUGAAAUGUUCCAGGGUCAACCCUUGUUUCCUGGGGUUUCCAACAUCCUUGAACAGCUGGAGAAGAUCUGGGAGGUGCUGGGAGUCCCUACAGAGGAUAGCUGGCCUGGAGUUUCCAAGCUACCUAACUACAAUCCAGAAUGGUUCCCACUGCCUAAGCCUCAGAGCCUUCAGAAUGUCUGCAACCGGUUAGGCAGGGCUCCGGAAGCUGAAGACCUGGCCUCCCAAAUGCUGAAAGGCUUUCCAAGAGACCGUGUCUCCGCCCAGGAAGCACUGGUUCACAAUUAUUUCAGGGCCCUGCCUGCUCAGCUGCACCAACUUCCUGAUGUGGAGUCUUUAUUUACAGUUUCAGGAGUGAGGCUAAAGCCAGAAAUGUGUGACCUUUUGGUCUCCUACCAGAAAGGUCACCACCUAGCCGGGUUUAGCAAAUGCUGGUGA